AUGUCGGUGGUAUCCUCCGCGCCAGACGCUGCUGGUGAUGCUGAGGCAGCCGUCUUGAAGGUGGGAAGUCCAGGUCAGUCGGCGAAUGUGACUUCCCAGCUAGAAUACUCGAGCGUCUCUGAUGAUAAUCCUCGAAGUCCGAAGCGAAGACGAAUCUCUCCCGUGAAAGAGGAAGAUGCCUCGAGUAGCGCGCCCGUGCCACAGAUCCCUCACCACCGUCCCAGCGAUCCAAAUGUCGAGACGGUUAAAGUCGAGGAGCCGACCGUGAAGAAAGAAAGCCAAACUCCCGUGAUUGCGACCACUGCAGCCCAACCUCAGAAUCCUGCUCUUGCUGUUCGACUGGAAAAUCUACCAGCCCUCGAUAAUGCAGCUUACCAUAUAUUAUCCUUUCUCGCACGACUGACUCCUGUCGAUGCGCUAGGGCUUUCCCGAGCCCCAGACUCCCCAAGCUCACGAGAAUAUGCUGCUUUACGGUCACAAUUCGAAUAUAUCCGGAGAUUCUACAAUACUGGAGCCCACUUUUUGUCACCAAAAGAUACAGGACUCGAAGAGAAAGGACAGGUUGAUACCCUCCGAAAGGCAAAUCAAGCCAUCUUCGUCUCAAGUGUAUUUACAGGAGAGAUUGGCCUCCGUGAUAUGGAUCGCAGUUUCCUUUCUGUUUUCGUGCCGGAAGGAGGGAAAUUAUUGAAGCCACAGGGCUCCAUGUAUCUCGAAUUGAAGACACAAGGAUUUAUUACGGCCUGGCGGACAGGUGCAGCACCACCAGCGAUAGUCAUGUCGGACUUAUUUGGUCCUGACAUCGACAAAAGCAUUUUAUCAAGAAGGCCUGGAGUAUCUGCAUUGGCUUCGAGCGAGCAGGAUUUUCUCAACAGACUUGCUUCUCGUCGUGAAAUCCUUCAGACCCAUAUCAAGAAUAACACCCUCAAUCAAUUGCCGGAGAAAUACAAAUGGGAAGAUUUUAGUCGGGAGGUUUCCUCUUAUCUUUUCAAAAAUACCGAGAACCCUCUUGCCAACAAUGAUGUAACAGCUGGUCUCCCAAGAAGCGAGGGAGCUCGUGUUCUUCCUCAAGGACAAAUGGAAGGUCAAUUCUCCGUCAAUCCUGGGUCUUUUGCAUCAGGAUCACAAGAGCCGUUCACCUCAUCAUUAGCGGGAGGAGCAAGCUUAGAUGACUUCGUCGCGCAGGCCGCGAGGGCUGCAGAAAUUGCGAUGCAAGCUGCUAGUGGAGUUCCAUUUGCAGACCCAUUGCCUACGACAACGUCAACACCCCCACCCAAUCAAAGCACAAAUCACACGGUACCAAGCAUAAAGAGCGAAUAUCAGCACUAUGAUCCCAGUAUAGAGCGAGGCCCAGCAAGAUCACCAGCGGAGCAUACACCAUCGAUUCAGAGUGAGAUACCGCAUGUCUCCCAGACAGCGCCCACGUCAGUCCUUUACGAAAGAGCGCGGCUGGCCGCAACGACGAAAGCACUUGCGGCACGGAAAGGGGCAAACCCAAGCCAAAGGCGGCCUUGGACAACUGAAGAGGAGAACACUUUGAUGGCUGGACUUGAUCGGGUCAAAGGUCCACAUUGGAGUCAGAUCCUGGCCAUGUAUGGACCAGGAGGGACCAUAAAUGAGGCCCUCAAAGACCGCAAUCAGGUUCAAUUGAAGGAUAAAGCACGGAACCUAAAGCUCUUUUUCCUCAAAAGUGGCAUUGAGGUACCGUACUAUCUCAAGUAUGUGACGGGUGACCUGAAGACACGGGCCCCUGGACAUCCCAGUCAACAAGAGUCGAAAGAUCAAGACGGUGGGCAAGGGUUCACAUCAAUUGAUGAAGUUGAACAGGAAGGGCUGGCGACAGGAUCUAGUGGGUCAGGUCGUCAGUCACCAGCCAUUGAUGAUUAUGAAGAUAUGCUGCCUUCGGUCGAUGUCAAGAAGCCAUUCGAGCCCAGCAUGGAUGAUGUGGAAGCAAUGAUAGCUAGAGCAGCAGCACAAGCAUCUCAAUCACUGGGCUCCGACUGGCCAUGA